ACCACAUAACUCUCUCCUCAGUUGUCCACCAAGAACAUUCCUGCCAGCACUCUGCCGUAUCUUCUUGGAUGAGUGUGCUCCAGACAACGUAUUGGAGGUCACCGCUCGGGCCAUUACUUACUAUUUGGAUGUUUCUGCCGAGUGCACCCGUCGCAUCACCACAGUAGAAGGUGCCAUCAAAGCCAUGUGCAACCGUCUUGUGGUGGCUGACGUUUGCUCUAGAACCAGCAAGGACCUAGCUGAGCAGUGUAUUAAGGUCCUUGAAUUGAUUUGCACACGUGAGGCUGGUGCAGUGUUUGAAGCAGGUGGCUUGAACUGUGUUCUUUCAUUUAUAAGAGACAAUGGUCAUUUGGUUCACAAAGACACACUGCACUCAGCCAUGCAUCUUGUUUCUCGAUUAUGUGGGAAAAUGGAACCUGCUGAUCCAGGCCUAGCACCUUGUGUUGAAUCCCUCUCUACACUGCUCAGACAUGAGGACCAGCAUGUAGCAGAUGGAGCUCUACGUUGCUUUGCCUCCUUGGCUGACCGGUUUACUCGGCGUGCCCAGGACCCAGCACCUCUUGCACAGCACUGCCUUGUCACCCACCUCUUAGCUCGCUUAGCUGGUGCUGCACCCCAGCAAGCACCAGGUGCUGCUGCAGCUGCCCCAGGAGCACCUGCAGCAACUACAGAAAACUCCAAGACAUCUGCUUCUGUGUCUACUGUGAUCUCUCUUCUUUCUACACUAUGUAGAGGCUCGCCCAGUAUUACUCAUAAUCUGUUGAGAUCUGAACUGCCAGAUGCUAUUGAAAAAGCUCUCCAGGGAGAUGAGCGCUGUGUGCUGGACACCAUGCGCUUGGUGGACCUGUUGCUGGUGCUGCUUUUUGAGGGAAGAAAGGCUCUGCCUAAAUCAGGAAUGAGUGCUGUUGCGAGCAGACUGCCAGGUCUAAGACGAAUGGACAGCCCAGGAGAGAAGACCCAUCGCCAACUGAUAGACUGCAUUCGAAGUAAAGACACAGAUGCUCUAAUAGAUGCCAUAGAUAGUGGGGGAAUUGAGGUGAACUUUAUGGAUGAUGUUGGCCAAACUCUUCUCAACUGGGCUUCAGCAUUUGGUACUCAGGAAAUGGUGGAAUUCCUUUGUGAAAGAGGUGCAGAUGUAAAUAAAGGCCAAAGAUCAUCCUCCCUCCAUUAUGCAGCAUGCUUUGGGCGCCCUCAAAUAGCCAAGGUAUUGUUACGUCACGGUGCCAACCCUGAUCUUCGUGAUGAAGACGGCAAAACACCUCUGGAUAAAGCACGAGAAAGAAAUGAUGAAGGCCACAGAGAAGUUGCUGCUAUUCUUCAAAGUCCAGCUGAGUGGCUGGUUGUUGCUGAGAGCAAAUCUGCCAUCCCUGCCCAGGAAGGGAAAAAGUCAGCUGAUGAAAGCAAUGCAACAAACACAGAAGAUUCGGAGAUUGGAGAACCUCGUGGAGAUGUGGAAAUGGCACCUGUGUACCUUAGUCGCUUACUUCCAGUGUUCUGUCACACCUUCCAAGCUACAAUGGUACAUACUGUCCGAAAAGCUUCUCUCAGUAUACUCAGAAAAAUGGUUCACUAUAUUCCUGCACCUUUGCUUCAUCAGGUUUGUGGUGGUGAGGAUGCAACUAUUAGCACAACCACAAAUAGUACGAGCACUGCCACGAAUACUGCCAAUAAUCUCUUAGGUUCUCAGCUGGUAGAAGUUAUUGCUCUUGUCUUGGGCAAUGAGGAGGAUGAAGAUGGCCAUUUAGUGGCUCUGCAGAUGGUGGAUGAUCUUCUCAGUAAGGCUGCACCGUUGCUGCUAGAACACUGUGCACGCUUGGGCGUCAUCAGUAAGGUGGGAACGCUGGCUGGCCCAUCUGACCCACCCAUUGAGGAAUACACUCCAAUAAAGGGAAAAGAAGAACAGGAUGGUGAUGACCCUGGCAUGGAAGAUGCCAAAGAAGUUAUCCCUGGCAAGGCAUACCACUGGCGGGACUGGUGUGUAGCACGGGGAAGGGAUUGUCUGUACAUUUGGAGUGAUGCUGCAGCCUUGGAACUGUCCAAUGGUUCUAAUGGCUGGUUCAGAUUCAUCCUUGAUGGCAAACUGGCUACCAUGUAUUCCUCAGGAAGUCCUGAGGGAGGAUCAGAAAGCACAGAGAACCGCAGUGAAUUCCUGGAGAAGCUUCAGCGGGCUAAGUCAGCAGUACGACCGGGCAGUCCCAGUCAGCCUGUCUUGUCUACUCCCGGACCAGCACGCUUAGUCAUUGGGAACUGGUCUCUUCAGUGCAAAAAAGAGGGUGAACUGCACAUUCACAAUUCAGAUGGACAGCAACAAGCUACCAUCCUCCGUGAGGAUCUCCCAGGAUUUAUCUUUGAGAGUAACCGCAACACUAAGCAUUCCUUCACAGCUGAGACAUCCUUAGGGCCUGAAUUUCAUGCAGGAUGGACGGGCCGACGAGGCAAGAGGUUCAGAUCUAAGGUUGAGGCAAUGAAACAGAAGGUCAAAGGUUUAGCUCGUGAUGUAUAUGACAAAUACUUUAAAGCUGCACAGACUCAACCACGUGGAGUUGUAGCUAAGCUUGGCAAUAUUGUUGCACAAAUUGAAAGAGCUUGUCAAAAACAGGUAAGCAACAAAGGUAGUGGAGAAUGGCCUGAAAUCUUACGAGCAGCUGUUGAGGACCUAGUCACCCUCCUGCGUGAUGAAAGCACAGUGUCUGCCUAUGAACUUCAUUCUUCAGGCCUAGUACAAGCUCUUCUUACGCUUCUUAGUCCAGACACAACUCAUCACCUCCCAGAUGACAACAGACAGUUUUCACAAAGACGGGUAAACAAGAUGAUCAAACAACGACGAAAUGUCUUCAAAAGCUGUUUUAUGGAUAAAGUGGAUGAAGAAAGUGCUACAAUCAGCACAUCAGUCAGCCCUGGUACCCAGCUAGUAAGAAAACUAGUGUCUGUGCUGGAGAGUUCAGAGAAGCUUCCUUUAUAUAUUUAUGAUGUACCUGGUGCUGGAUCUGGCCUCCAAGUUUUGAGCCGGCGCUUACGGUUCAGAUUGGAAAGAGCAGCGGGUGAAAGUUCUUUGAUUGAUAGAAAUGGCAGAACUCUAAAGAUGGAACCCCUGGCUACUGUAGAACAACUAGAGAGAUAUCUUCUCAAGAUGGUGGCCAAGCAGUGGUAUGACUUUGACCGUACAUCUUUUGCCUUUGUUCGUAAAUUGAAGGAAGGCCAAAAGAUUGUCUUCAAAAACAGCAGAGAAUUUGAUGAAAAUGGAAUUAUUUAUUGGAUUGGAACGAACGCCAAAACUGCUUAUGAGUGGGUGAAUCCAGCAUCAGUAGGACUUGUUGUGGUAACAUCUAGUGAAGGUCGUAAUCUUCCGUAUGGGCGAUUGGAAGAUAUUCUUAGUCGUGAUGCAUCUGCCCUGAACUGCCACACAAAUGAUGACAAACGAGCAUGGUUUGCCAUUGAUCUUGGCAUUUGGUUUGUGCCCUCUGCUUACACACUGAGGCAUGCACGAGGAUAUGGUAGAUCUGCACUUAGAAAUUGGAUGUUCCAGGUAUCAAAGGAUGGCAUGACCUGGACAACCCUGUACACUCAUGUUGAUGACUGCUCCCUCAAUGAACCUGGCAGCACUCACACCUGGACCAUACAACCUCCAUCUGAAGAGAAGACUGGAUGGAGACAUGUCCGUAUUCAGCAGACGGGAAAGAAUGCAUCUGGUCAGACUCAUUAUCUCUCACUGUCUGGGCUGGAGCUGUAUGGUACAGUGACUGGAGUCUGUGAAGAUCUAGGCAGAGCAGCUAAAGAAGCAGAAGCUAAUCUGAGGAGGCAAAGAAGACUUGUAAAAUCACAGAUGGUAAAGCACAUGGUGGUGGGAGCACGCGUGGUACGGGGUCUUGACUGGAAAUGGCGUGAUCAGGACGGCAACCCUCCCAGCGAAGGAACCAUUACUGGAGAACUUCACAAUGGUUGGAUUGAUGUCACUUGGGACCAUGGAGCUUCUAACAGCUACCGUAUGGGUGCAGAGGGAAAAUAUGACCUCAAAUUAGCUCCAGGCUAUGAUCCAGAGUCUCCUCAAGUGUCCACUGUAACAAGCACCAUCAGUAGUGCGUCCAGCAACACUGCCAUUACUGCUGCAUCUUCUGGCUCCAUAGCAACAAUUACUACAGCAAUAAAGUCUACAAAGGUGGUUAGCACAGAUGUGACCCAAGGAACUAGUGUGUUGACCAGUCGCAAAUGUAGCUCCACACCAUCACUACCUCAGGCAACAACAGAUAUUCACAAACAUUCUGUCGCUGCCUCGGAACAAGCAGCCUCAGACGAUAAUCUAACUGCCAAAGCUGCUGAGACUGUUGCAGAAAAUGUGCUAAGUGUAGCCAGCGCUGAAGCUCUACUGAGUGUUGAGGGCAGUGGGCGUGAGAAGGGGAAUGAGUUGGCAUCUCUAGUACAAUCUCUCAGCUUAAACGACCGUGACAUCACGUCUGAAUUCUCCGAUGCCAUGUCCUCCUUGGAGUCUGUGCUCAAUACCUCUGAUAUUAAAUCGGGUACGGGUGAUAUGAGUGAGGCUAUGACUGUGAUGGAUGUGGGCUUGCAUCCAACUCCCGACACCAAAACGGGUUCCAUGGGACUAGCUGGGGAUUGCCCAGCUGUGACUGUGAAUGAAGAAAAAUUUGGUGACAUCAGCAGUAUAGGCAUUAGUGGCAGUGUGAGCAGCAGCAGCAGCAGUAUUGGGGGCCUCACCAGCAGCAGCAGGAAACGAUGUGGGGGUGUAGUAAUGGGUGAGGGUAAGAGGGACUGCACUGGGCGCUCCACCAUGUCUUCACAGCCUAUGAGUGUUAGUGUGCCCAACCUGACCAGUGCAGACUCUGAGCCAUUGACACAUAGUCUACUGGAAACCUUUGCUCAGGUUGCCAGGAGACGGGGGGGAUCAGCUACCAUGCCACCCGGCACUGGGGUGUGUAGCAAUGGGGGGAUGGCACCCCAUGCUCCUAAUUUGCCUGCUAGUGUCAGUAAUGUGCGCACAGGCUUGGGGCAACUGAUAGGUGGGCCACCCCCAAGCCUGGCCCACCCAGUGUUCUCGCCCUCCACCCACUCCAUGUCCAGUCUGGUCCGUCUGGCCCUCUCCUCACACUUCCACCUCCCAGGGUCUGGGCCUUUAAGCACAGCUCAGAGUUAUCCUACUCUGACAUCAGGCACAACCUCAACUACCUCCUCCACAACAACUACAGGUGCUGCUGCUGCAUCCUCCACUACUAACCAGCCAUCCACCAACCUCUCUUCCUUCCCUCAUGGCCUCACUAUGAGCCUCACAUCUACAUCUAGUGAUUCGGAGCAAGUCAGCUUGGAGGACUUCUUGGAGAGUUGUCGAGCCAGUACACUCCUGGCAGAGCUGACAGAUGACGAGCUGCCUGAUCCAGAUGAUGACGAGAAUGACGAUGAUGACAACGAUGACGAUGAUGAAGACUAUGAGGAAGAGGAGGAGUGCUAUGAAGUAACUGUUCGGAAUGGCAAGAGAAGAGGUUGGGAUGAUGACUUUGUAAUAAAGACAGUUUCAACGCUUAUCCCAGCGUUUGAUCCUCGGCCAGGCCGCACUAAUGUCAACCAAACACAAGAUCUGGAGAUUCCAGCCCCUGGUACAGAAGACCAUCUGUGUGAUGCUCCUAGUGAAGUAGUCAGUGGCCCUCGGCUUAGUUUAACUCUACGUGGCCCCAAUCUCCCUGGCAUUCCUGAAGUUGAAGUACCAAUAACCAAGAAAACUUCCACAAUCUUUGCUGCCGUCCAGACUUUAGUCCAUGCUGCCAAUUUCCCUUCCCGACAAGAGAGACUGAGACGAAUUUGGGAACCUACAUACACGCUUGUGUAUGGAGAGGCCCGAGAGGAUGAGGGAACUGAAGGAGAAACCUCUGGUGUCCAGCUACUCAAUCGCCGUAAUUCAAGGACUAAUAUCUUGACUGAGGCAUCUGGCAGCUUUGCUCAGCCUCCCAGUACCCUGACAACUGGUGAUCCAUCUGUUGAAGACGUGUUACAACUCCUGCGCCAACUGUAUAUAUUAGCACAUGAAGAUAAAGAUAAAUCUGGUCAGAUUAUAGAUGCUUUUGGUGUUCGUCGUGAGGAGUUCGAGUCUAAAAAAGUUGGGAACAAACUAGUGCAACAGGUUGGUGAGGCUGUAGUGCUAGCAUGUGGUGCACUGCCAUCAUGGUGUGAAGACUUAACUUAUGCCACCCCUAUGCUCUUCCCAUUUGAUACUAGACAUCUUUAUUUCAAUUGUACAGCAUUUGGUCCUGAAAGAUCUUUAGUAUGGCUACAGAGCCAGAGAGAUGUGAGUGUUGAGCGACGUGGAGGGUUGAGAAGAGAUGACCCUCAUGAGUAGGUAGGACGUCUCAAGCAUGAGAGAGUCACUGUACCCCGUGGCUCGAAUCUUCUUCAGUGGGCUCAGCAGGUGAUGCGUGUCCAUGCAAGUCGCAAGUCCAUUUUGGAAGUUGAGUCUCGUGAGGAAGAAGGUACUGGUCUUGGCCAUUUGGAAUUCUAUGCUCUUGUGGCUGGAGAAUUGCAUUGCAACUUAUCCAUGUGGUUAUGUGAUGACCAAACAGCUGACCCAAUCACUCCUCCAGCACUAGGCGGCAGUGGUACUGGAGAAUCACAAACAAGACCCCCAGGUUACUAUAUCUGGCGACAAGGAGGUCUCUCUUUCCCUCCCUCCCAAGAUAGCACAGCUUGUGAUCAAGUAGUUGAGUUAUUCCACUUCCUGGGGAUAUUCUUGGCAAAGACUUUACAGGACAACAGACUCGUUGAUCUGCCUUUGUCUCGUCCUUUCCUCAAGCUCAUGUGUCAUGGUGAGUUUGCCAAUGUGAAGGACCGAGGCAUCACUGGAAUUUCCACUAAGCCCCGAGGACUUUCUUCCUUACCUGUAGAGGAGGACCUCAUGACCUCCUCUAUAAUAAGUGAAGAGAGCGAAAUCUUUCCAGGUUCACCGGCUCCAACUCUGGAAGAUCUGUGUGAGGUAGAUCCUGAACGAGGAGCAUUCAUGCAACAGCUCAAGUCCCUGGUUUCCAUAAAACAGCAGAUCCUCAAUGACACAAUCCUCUCCGAUGAAGAUAGGCGCCUACAGCUCCACAAUUUGGCCUUGCCAUCAGCUCCUGACACCCAAGUAGCAGAGCCAGCAGCAGUUAGAUUAGAAGAUCUUUGUCUCACCAUGCAGUAUGCUGCUCCUUCUAGACACCUGGGAUAUACUGCAAUUGAGCUUCAGACAGGUGGAACUGAUCAAGAAGUGACCCUUGCCAAUGUGGAAGACUACAUUGACCUUACUCUCACCUGGGCUUUAGAAGUGGGUGUUAGAAGACAGUUGGAUGCUUUCCGUGCAGGGUUUUGUGUGGUGUUUCCUUUGAAGAAAUUGGGUGCAUUUAGCCCAGAUGAGCUGAGACUUAUGCUGUGUGGUGACCAAGCACCCAUAUGGACUCGUGAGGAUAUCUUGGCAUUCACUGAACCAAAGUUAGGAUAUACUCGAGAGUCUCCUGGCUUCUUGAGACUAGUAAACAUCCUUGUAGGAUUAACAGCAGAGGAACGUAAAGCCUUUUUACAGUUUACCACCGGCUGUUCUUCAUUACCACCUGGUGGCCUUGCCAAUCUUCAUCCUCGCCUUACUGUAGUUCGCAAGGUUGAUGCAGGAGAUGGCUCCUACCCAUCUGUAAACACUUGUGUCCAUUACCUGAAGUUGCCAGAUUACUCCUCAGAGAACAUAAUGAAGGAGAGGCUUCUCGCUGCUACGCGGGAGAAGGGCUUCCAUCUCAACUAAUCUCUAGAAAACUAUAAGGACUGUAGACUCAGGUUUAAAUAAUAGAGUUUUCAAAACCCUAAUGAAAACCUAGAAAUUGCCGAUUGUACUUGUGAAAAAUUACUCACAAGUUAGAGGAAAGAAAUAUCUUCUCAUUUAUAGGAAAAAUAAAAAUAUGAUUAUAAAUUCAUUUAUUAUUAUUAUUAUUAUUAUUAUUAUUAGGAGGGAAAUUUUUCAGUGGAGACAGUUUGAAGUUGUAUAAAAUAUUUAUAAUUAUGAAAAAUAUAAUUUUUUAUACUGUCUUUGAACUGAUUUGUAUACUUAUCUUAGUACCUAGACUAGGUAAGUACUGUAGUUCUAAAUAUGGAAUACAUAUUUACAAAAAAAUACUUGGAAAAUGUUCAUAUGGGACUUGAACAGUGCAAAUUUUUUCGUGAUACUUUACCAGUUACAAAAUGUGGAAAAAACAAUAUAAAUUUAAAUGGUUAAAGAACUGAAAACUGUGACAUUGACUGAACACUUUAACAAAGGAUCCAGGAAAUUGUUCUUUUAACAAAUUGUUGUGCUAAUAAGAAAAUAGUACACAAAAUGACAAGAGAAUAUGUAUGCCUUUCCAAGAGGUUGCUUGAGAAAGUGCAAAUAUACACAACAAAGUGCAGCACUACCUAGUGAGUGAAUGACUUGUAUGAGUGCAUAGAGCCAUUGGUCAUCUUUGUGUCUGUACAAGUAAAUGUGGCCUAUUUUCUAGCCAAGUGAAAUGUGUGAGAAGAAUGUGGAUGUUGGUGCCAAUCUGCAUAAACGUUUCCCAAGAACAGGUAUUUUUCAUGGUGUAAAAGUGACAUGAUACUUGCAUUUCUCUUGUCCUGACAGGUAGUGAUAAUAUGUAGGCUGACAAUGGCCAGUUGUUGUUUUAUGUUGUCACCAUUAGCUUAUGUCUUUCUGUGAUAACUGAUGUGAAGGCAUUGCAUAGGCAGCAAAUUGUAUAUAAUUACAUCACAAAGCAUGCCACUGUUAUAGUCGUGUGUCUCUAUGUAGCAACUAAGCAUUCAAGAUUCUGAUUGGAGGUUUUACUGUUGAGUAGGUGGUCGUGUGGUUGAGUAACCAUUCUAUAAUACAUGGGUCUGCUGUUAAGUGUCGGCUAUUCUCACCUCGGCUUGUUAGCAAGGAUCUCAUGAUAAUUAACCAUAAUAAGCCCAAUGUAGUAAAUGCUUGAGUGUGUGAUUUGAUAUAUUGUUAUAAUCCAUCCCAAGCAUAUUUCUUCUCUUGUCAACAUUUCUGAAACUUAAACAUAUGGACAUAAUGGUCCUUGUCCUGAAGAGUCUGAGCUAGUUUUUGGUAACCAAGACAAGGCAUUGACAUGGUCUGUAGUUCCACUAAAAAGAUUAGAUAAUUGUAUACAGUACAGGUAUUAGUCUCAAGCAUGCAGGGUCAGAUCAUGCCAUAUUUGUAUUUGAAUCAUUAUUGGUGGCUUGACUAUUGAAUUGAGCUUUGUGCACAAGUUUGUAACAUAGCUCCUUCUCUGCAAUGUCAGUAGUAAGUUGGGACAAAGUAGUAUGGGAUUACAGGCUGACAACUCUUGAUCUUGUCAUGAAGGUUGUCAUAGUCAUGCUCUGUGUUGUGCCUUAUAUUUUUUUCCUUCACUUUUUUCUAUUUCUUGAUAAUUUUGUUCUUUAUAUUGUAUGGAUAGUUGAAACCAUGUGUAUGAGUUUAACAGUGCAUUCUAAUUAUUGUUAAUCAUAUUCGUGAGUAAAAUUUGGAUAAUAUUUCAUGAAAUUAUUGGCUGAAUUUUUUGGGAGAAGAUACUUCACAAUACUGUAAAGAAUUUGAUUUUCUUAAAUUUCAAAUUUACAAUGAAACAGAAAAUACUUGUUCAGAUGCAAGAGCAAAA